CUUUGACUCCGCCCUGCACUGAGCUCCGCCCUGCACUGAACUCCGCCUCCUGCCAGCGCUCACCUCUGAUAGACGCCAUCAUGUCACAAGUCCAGAACACAACUGCCGCCCUCUCUGGGAGCCUGCUGAGCAAGAAGCCGCACUCUACCCUCCCCCAAUCCCUGGGGAUCCCGCCCACUGCCGGCCCCCUACCCUCCGAACAUGCAGGUAGACCACACCAGAGCUCCGCCCUCCCGCCCGCCUCCGUCACCGCUGGCAACGCUGCUGCUGCGCUGGCUCUGCAGUAUUAUAGAUCAUCAUCGGGUAUUGAUCACCGAUCAGCCGAUGCCGAGCAAUCUCACACUGAUUUCAGCCUUCUGGAGAGAGCGGGAGAAGAUCGGCCAAACCAGUCCUGGCGCAGUCGGUGUGGGGGCAUGAUGAGGUCUGUAGUACAUUUCAUGUUGUGUGUUUUGUGUCUCGCAGAGAGUAUAACCCCCACCGUGGAGCUGAACGCGUUGUGUAUGAAGCUGGGCCGUAAGCCCGCCUACAAGCCCCUGGACCCGUACACAGGAAUGCGUUCCCCAUACAGCUACAACAUGCGUGGCGGCGGUUAUCCCCCACGGUACUUCUACCCGUUCCCUAUGGCGCCCAUGCUGUACCAGGUGGAGCUCUCUAUAGGAGGACAACAAUUCCACGGGAAAGGCCGAACGCGUCAGGCCGCCAAGCACGACGCAGCCGCCAAAGCUCUGAAGUUCUUACAGCAUGAGCCCCUCCCCAGCAAACCCGAGUCCUGGCGCAGUCGGUGUGGGGGCAUGAUGAGGUCUGUAGUACAUUUCAUGUUGUGUGUUUUGUGUCUCGCAGAGAGUAUAACCCCCACCGUGGAGCUGAACGCGUUGUGUAUGAAGCUGGGCCGUAAGCCCGCCUACAAGCCCCUGGACCCGUACACAGGAAUGCGUUCCCCAUACAGCUACAACAUGCGUGGCGGCGGUUAUCCCCCACGGUACUUCUACCCGUUCCCUAUGGCGCCCAUGCUGUACCAGGUGGAGCUCUCUAUAGGAGGACAACAAUUCCACGGGAAAGGCCGAACGCGUCAGGCCGCCAAGCACGACGCAGCCGCCAAAGCUCUGAAGUUCUUACAGCAUGAGCCCCUCCCCAGCAAACCCGAGAUGAAUGGGAAAGCGUCGGAUGAAGAGAAUCUGAACAAGUCAGAGAUAAGCCAAGUGUUCGAGAUCGCACUGAAAAGGAACUUGCCUGUGAAUUUCGAG